AUGAGAAAGCACGAGAGGGACUAUGGGGUUUCUAGUUCAAUUGCAAAGAAGCACAAGACAGACGAGAACCCAAAAGAGGUCCGACCAACACUGCCAAAGUCCAAGCACAAGCAUGCAAGAGAUUCUGGGGAUUCUAGUUCAAUCGCAAAGAAGAAGCUGAAAACUGAAGUAGAAGUCUCUUCAAGUGGGGAAGGGAACCCACUGGCAUGUCUUCCUCCAGAUGUUUCCUUUAUGAUUCUUGAUAAGUUGUUCGAACCCACCGACCAUCUUUCUUUCGCUAGGGUUUGCAAAGAUUGGUGCUCUAUUUCAAGAAACUAUAAUAUUGCAACUCAACGCUGGCACAAGAAGGGCAAGUUGCUUCCCCUUUUCUUGGUAAGUACUGAAUCCGAAUCAAAAGGAAAGACUACCAACCAUGAACUCGAAGCAUAUAACGUUUCUAGUGGAAAAAGAUGUUACGAUAAUAUUCAUUUUCCGGUCACUCAUGGCAAGAGGUGUUGUGGUUCUAGCCAUGGUUGGUUGGCCAUAUUAGAUAUAGAAGGCAUAUGUCUCUCCAUAACUCUGGUGCACCCUUUCCAAAAAUCAGUGGAAGCCAUCAAACUCCCUCUUUUGGAUUUCAUGACGACCAAGUCGUUGCAGUACUAUGACAUUAACCACUUAAAGAACACCUACCAAGAAUACAUUCGAAAGGUUAUCUUGUCCUCCGAUCCCAUCUUGAAUCGGGAUAAUUAUGUUGUUGUUGUGCUCUACGGUUAUGGUGGUUCAAAGUUGGCUUUCAUCAAAGGAGGACAACAAAGAUGGACUUAUCCCGAUAGGCGUCAAAGCUGCCUUAAGGAUGCCAUAUUUUAUAGAAACCAAGUUUAUGCGGUUGGCGGAGGCGAUGGAAAUGAAAAAAUCAUCUCAUUUGAUGUUAAUAGUUGUAAUAAACCUUCAAAGCCUCCAAAAGCAAACCAGCGUACGCCUAAUAAUGUCCUAAAAAAAUGUGCUGCUAGUUCAUAUCUUGUGGAAUCAGUCGAGGGAGACCACCUAUGGCAUGUUAGAAGACUAGUUUCUUAUUCAAGGAGAGCCGAUAAGUACAUUGAGAGGUUUAUGGUUUACAAGGUGGCGUUUGAGGACAAAGAUGGAUCGGUUGUGGAACAAGUAGAGGUACAAAGCAUCGGAGACGAGACUCUGUUUGUGGGUGCAUCUCAUUCAAUAGCCGUCCUGGCUUCAAACUUUCCUGGGUGUAAGCCAAAUUCCAUUUACUAUGCCACAGAGGAGCCGUAUUGUUUUGGAGAUCCGGACCACAAAACCUAUCAUAUAUCUAGUCUAGAUGAUGGAACCAUCACAGAAUAUGAGCAAAACCUACGCCGGCAUCCAAGUUUACAUUUAGGAAUUCCAUGUGGAGUUUGGGUUCUACCAAUGUUUAAGGGACUAUUCUAG